CUAAAGGGCGAAUGAAGAGGGCUACAACAAGGAGAGAUAAGGCGAGAGAAAGAGGGAGGGAAAGAAGCUCAGAAAUGCUCGGGUUCCGUUAUCUGAGCGACGAGAAGCUUCAAGGACUGAGCCACUACAAGUAUAGUUGUAUUGAGACGAAUCCUCUUACGAUUUAUUUCUUCCAGCCGUGGUGGAAGACAGUAGUCAAGCUAGUACCAUUAUGGGUUGCUCCCAAUCUCCUCACCCUCGUCGGCUUCCUGUUUCACUUCUCGAUAUUCCUUUUAUUCUGUUUUUAUGAUUAUAGUUUCUUUGCUACGGGUGCAUCACUAGCUGGACGCAUCCCAGUUUGGGUGUGGUUUUAUUCAGCCGUCGCCCACUUCACUGGUCAUACACUGGACGGUAUCGAUGGUAAACAGGCCAGACGAACUAACAGUAGCUCACCUCUUGGUAUGG